AUGUCCGACAUCAAGGAGCCUGGAUUCAAGACUAGCGAGGUCCUCGCUACUCUCGCACAGGUGUUUGAGAAGAUGCCAGAGGCAGAGAAGAAGAAGCAGAUCAAGACGACGAACGGGAUCUUCCAGCUUAAUGUUAAGAAUUCUGAAGGCAAAGAGGCUAUCUGGGUAAUUGACCUGAAGAAUGAGGGCAAGGUCACGAAGGGCGCAGCCAAGAAAGCCGACGUCACAAUGAACCUGACAGACGACACUUUCAUGGGCCUCGCAGAUGGCAAAGUAAACGGUCAGAAGGCAUUCAUGACCGGUGCUCUCAAAGUCAAGGGGAAUGUCAUGCUUGCGACCAAGCUGGACGGUGUUCUGAAGGGUGCCAAGGCCAAGCUAUAA